GCGACGUUGCGGGGUCUGCCCAUUGCGGAAGGUAGGGCUCAGGGCGAGCAGUCUCACUACCCUAUGCCCUACCUUCCCGAUCGAGACGCGGCUGACGCGUGGACCCUCGGCGACUAUCGCCAUCAGCGCCGGCAAGAGACCGGAUCGCAGCAGACGACGAAGCCGCAAGUGCAAUCCGAGGAUCCGGGCUAUUCUGCUGCUGCCAUGAUUCUCUUAUCGGAUCUGCCGUCCCGCCGGUUCUAAUUGGAAUUCGAGGCUGCGUCUGCCUCUGCCGGGGAGGACUCCACCCUCCGUCACGCAACCAUGUAUCAUCUGGCCAAGUCGCUGUAUAUGUACGCUACCAGCAAGGAGGAAUACUCCGUCCUCCUCCUCGGACUCGACAACGCCGGUAAAACCACACUCCUCUCCCAAAUCAAAGCCCUCUACCAACCCCGCCCCGAUGGCGUCCCCGCCCCCAACCCCGGGAAAACCGUUCCCACGGUCGGCCAGAACGUCGCGACCAUCUCCCUCCCGGACAUGUACCUGAAGAUCUGGGACGUAGGGGGACAAAUCUCCAUGCGGAACCUCUGGCAGAGUUACUACUCCAGCUGUCACGCCAUUAUCUUCGUCGUGGACAGUGCCGACGUCGGCCAAGACCCCGACAUCACCCGGCUUCCCAGUCGACGUCCCAGCUCGGCCUCCGGGCCAUCGGGCACCCAUCCUAGCGUCUUUACGGAGGAAAUGGUGGGGAUUAAUGCCCCCGGGAGCGAUUUCGGUCGUUUGGAUGAAUGUCGGCAGGUGUUGGAGUCGGUGUUGCAGAGUGCGGAUGUCGCGGGGGUGCCGAUUCUGGUGCUGGCGAAUAAACAGGAUCGGGAGGAUUCGGUCGAGGUGGUGCGUAUUAAGGAGGGGUUUGUGCGAAAGGUUUUUGAGGGGGAGACCGGGGCGGGCGUUCGGGAUAGUCGUGUCUUGCCGGUUAGUGCUCUGAUGGGUUCGGGGGUGCAGGAGGCGGUGGAAUGGGUGCAGACUAGAGUUAAGUGGAAUAAGGAGGGUCGGCCGCCGUUGAUGAAGUGAUGGUAUGACUAUAGACUUGCGAUGAUUGAGUUGCGAUGGAUUCUCCCGUUUGUUGUUGGGUUGUUUCUGGCGUCAUGAGGUUAUGUGAAUAUCGGAAGAUACCUGGUCAUUGCAUUUAUUCUAUUUCCAUCUGAUUUCCGUUGCUAUGGUGUAUGAUGUAGAUACCAUCCAGCCAUGUUUAGAAAGAUCAUAACGAAAACUG